AUGGCUCUCCUUGAAUCCCAUCUGGAGCAAAUUUCUCUCUCCUCGAAUGCUAUCGCUAAUCUACCGUUCCCUCCUCCCCGAAUCUUCACAAACGCGCUACUAGGCUCUCACGACAUCACUUCCUUGAUCCGUGAUACUGAAUCUCAUGAACGAGCUUUGUUUCAAGUUGACCCAGCCGCCAAACCCCAUGGAUCGCAACGGCGUGCCACCCGACGCGGAACUAUGUUUCCCACAGAGCCCGAGAACGAGACCAUGGCCAGUCGAAUCUACUCUGCAAGAAACAAGAGCAACCAGUCUGCAGUAGCCCGUGUGCUUGGAUCAGACAUGAUGGAAGAAAUAAAGCGGUCGACUGGCACGUCUACUCGCGGUCCCCGCGGUGAAGUCAACAUCGAAGUCUUGCUCCGUGGCGCGGAAAAGCUAUGCAAAGUCUACCCGGUUGCUGGUGCACAAGAAAAGAUUGCCACAUUGCGCUAUCGUCACGAAAUAGCUACCGAAUCUAUUGCUCAGCUAGAAGAUCGUGUCGCGACCAACACUGCAGAGUUAGAGAACAUGAGGCAAUCAUACGAAGACGAUGAUCAAUAUGCACCUGCUACUGUACCGCGGUCAGACAUUCCCGAAGUUACUGACGAAGAUAUCGAGCAGGAAUUGGCUGAAAUCAGACAUCUGGAACGGAGAAAGCGAGAAUUGGAAGCUCGAGCCACUGGCAUGGAGCGUGAUCUUGGUGGGCUCGUCGGUUGA